AUGCCGAACUCAAGGUCCUGCGACCAGUGUUACGCACACAAGAAGAAAUGUCGUUUCCAGGACGGAUCGACAAGCUGUGGACGAUGUACACGUUAUUCCAUAAGUUGCUCGAUGGUUCGUGAUCAAGUGCGACCCGGACGGCCAGCUCGCCCGAAAGCUCUUGGUCCAGGAGGAUACGUACAAGUAUGGCGCUCAGGAGAUGGCCUACACAACAAGAAAAAGAAAACAAGAGUACAGCAAAAGUUGGACCCGGUGCCAUCAUCGCCAUCUUUCACAGACGCGCUCGCCAUGCGAGAGGCGGUAAUUGCUAAAUCCACAACAACUGAAUUGGGAGAACACAAAAGUCCACGUCCGCCAAAAAUUGCCGACUUCUAUGCUAUCAAUGACAUUUUCAUGAUCGGCCCAACUUUUGCUCCUAAAUUUUACCAUGCGUUGGAAUAUACAUAUGGUAUGGCUCCGGAUCUUUUGCGAGAUAUGUUCAGUGCAAUGGAGACUUAUUUGGACUGCGCCCGGCGUGAUCCGGCCGCUGCGAGACAAAUGGAUAUCACCGAGGUCACCAACUCAUUACGAAAAUUGCGAGCCACUGAGAUUACCAAUGAAAAUGACGGCUUGGCAGUCAUGCUAUUAGGUCAGACAUUAGCUGCUUUCGACUCUUUCUUCGCGUCAGCAGGCUCGAUGUUGAUCUUACGGCAUUCUCUCUACCUUGUCAAGCCAUGGUAUUCGCAACUAGCUCAGGCUGAUUUCCUAGAUUCAGUGACAAUUACUCCCCUUUUCUGGGAUAUAGUUUGGUGCUUGAUUAACCGCGAAGUUCCCAUAAUUCGACCACAUAUUAUACGUCCCCAAGUUGCCGACCGUAUCGCUGGAUUAUGUACUUCGUUAAUACCAGUUCUUUAUGACCUGUGUACUGUGAGCAAUCAAAUGGCAUCUAAGCCCUAUCAAGCAGGGACGAACGAUUUAGAAGACAUCGAAAGACGAGUUCGCGCGUGGCAACCUGACGAGGAUUCUUUGAAGUCCGUUGAAUUCACCGAAAUAGAGAUAUUGUCAAUGCGAGCGCAAGCGUCUAUGUAUCGAUCCGCAGCCUUGCUGUUGAUUCACCGUCUCGUCCAUCCGAUUUCUAGCCAGGAUGGUAUUGCAGUUUCGUAUGCCAACGACAUUUUCGAGCAAAGAGAUGAUUUUUUCGCUCUUUGCAAACCGGAUACAAAAUUACAAUACACUUCCUUCCCAAUUUUCUUAGCAUUACUCGAAAUCCCUCUUCGUUCGAGAUCAAUUUGGAAAACUAUGACACGAUUCCCAAUUCGCCCAGCUAAUAACGAUCAAAUCAUUUCAUUACUUAAAUAUGUUUGGGAACAAAGGUGGAAUGGGUUCAAAGGGUCUUUAUUUGAAUUACUAGGCAAAGGAGGGCAAUUUAUUUCAGUGAUAUAA